CUUCCCAUUUGGCCCUCUGGGACAGGAAGAGAGGUUCUAGAACUUCUUUGCUACUAGCACCCAGAGUUCAAGAAUGGCAGGAGGGUUCUCGAGGGCCCAUAUCCCUGGCCCCUUCUCACACCUCAUGUCCUGCUCUCAGUCCCAAGCAUCCGUGGAACCUGGGGUGGAGGUGGUUUUGAAGCUUCUCCAGUCCUAGCCAGUAUGGACCAGUUCGCCUCCCUCUACCCUUUCCUCAGGAGCACCCUACAAAACUGCAGAUCAUUACCCAGGGUAGGGCUGAGGGGCAGGAGACUGGUCAAGGUUGAGUUCUGCCUCUUAUCUCCUGCAUCAGUUUUCCAUCUGUAAAGCGGGGACCCUAAGAAUCCCAAGCCUGGCCAGCUCACAGUGAGAUGAUGUCUAUGUAGUAACAGAAUAAAAGAGCUGGAAAAGACUCCAGCAGGGAAAAAAAAAAAAUCCCUAGCUUUCCUACACCUGUCAAACGUAUGGUCUAGCCCAGCGCCCUGCCCUUCUCAUGGGGACCUGAGUGUUAGAAGUAACUGGAGAUCAUGUCCCAGCCAUGCAGUAUGCACCUGCCCCUGAGCUCCCUCCCUCUGCCCUUAUCCAGUAUUCCCUUGUCCCUCUAAUGCCCAGGCCUUGGUUUAGGGCUGCUGCUAUCCUACAUCUGCUAGGAAGCCUGCCCCCAUUGUUUCAGGCACAUAUAUCCUGAAUAUAUAACCUGCCCUACCUUCUUGCUUCCCACAAAACCAAACCAAACCAAACUCUACCCAUCCACACUUCUUCCCAGAACAUACUUGACGCAUCAUAGAGAUCUGGCUGUCCACUGUUCUGCUGAGUACUCCUCAUACCCUCCUGCAUCUGUGAGUCUGUCUAGAACUGUGAGAACUGUGAGUUUGUCAAGAACAGCGGCCCUGCUGAUGGUGCCAGCUUCCUGAACAGCUCAUGUUCAGGAAGACAGGUGUUUUUAGGGAAUGCUCAUGAUGGAAAGGCCCAAGACACUGAAGGGGAGAAGUUCAGUGACCCGUGUGGAGGCAGAUCAGCUCAGACCAAGACUGCAUGACUCAGCCUGGGUCUGCACCCUGGAUGUGCUUCUGCCUCUGCCCUUCUGCUCCUGCCUCCUGCCCCAACCCCGGCAAUGUGGGGUCUGGUUCAGAUGACUUCUCUUUCAGGGGGCCAGAGGAAGAGUUGUAAGGGAAGGUGAGGGGCCAGAAGGCCAGGAGCAGGUAGCCAUUGGCAGCUCCCCUGCCUCCACCAACCUGAACCUUUAAUCCAUGGUCUUUUUUUCUCUCCUCACUUGUCAUCCCCAGCUCUCUUGAGUCAUGGCUUCUUCAAAGCUCCGAGAACCCGCGGAUGAGGUUUUUGACCUGGACUUGGCUGUGCCAGAGACCGUCAGACUGGACAGCAGUUUACACAAGGCCCGGGCCCAACUACUGGCCAAGGGCCGGAGACACCGGCCCUCUCGCUCAAGGCUUCGGGACAGUGCCAGCUCUGCAGAGGAUGGUGAAGGCUCCGAUGGGCCCGGAGGCAAGGUGAACGACGGCUGCGGGAGCCCUCUGCACCGGCUGCGCUCGCCUUUGCACUCGGGCCCCGGGUCCCCGGCGGGGGGCUCUUUCUGCCUGGAUCCUCCGGGGUUGCGGCGCAGCCUGGACGAGGACGAGCCGCCGCCCUCGCCGCUCACACGGUACCGGCCCCUGCACAACGCCGCCUCGCACGAGGGCCUGGCCGCCGCCUCCAGCUCGCCGCCGCGCUCCGCGCCCUCCUCGGACAGCUCGCCCAGCUUCGUGCGCCGCCACCCGCGCGCAGAGCCACACAGCGAAGAUGACAGCCGGGAUGCCAGUCCACCUGAGCCUGCCAGCCCCACCAUUGGCCUGGAUAAGAAGACCCGCCGAAAGUUCCUGGACCUGGGGGUCACCUUACGCCGAGCAUCCACAAGCAAGAGCCGGAAGGAGAAGGGUAGCAACCGCCUGUCCGUGGGCAGCAGGGAGUCAGUGGAGGGGUCCGGCAGGUCAGGGGGCUCCCCGUUCCUGCCCUUUUCCUGGUUCACAGACAGCGGCAAGGGCUCAGCAUCUUCCGGCAGCACCACCUCCCCCGCCUGCUCCCCUAAACACGAGGGAUUCAGCCCCAAGAAGUCAGCUUCCCAGGAAUCCACCCUGAGUGAUGACUCCACACCCCCCAGCAGCAGCCCCAAGAUCCCCAGCGGUUCCCGGCAGGAGGCCAAGUGUUCCUACCCCUACCACACGCUGUCCCAAUCUUCGGAUGAGUUCCUGGAUGAACCUCUCCCCGCCGUCCACCACUGGACCAGUCAGCAGGUGGGCCAGUGGCUGCAUAGCCUCAACCUGGAGCAGUAUGCCGCCGAGUUUGCCGCGCGGCAGGUGGACGGGCCGCAGCUACUGCAGCUGGAUGGAAGCAAACUGAAGAGCCUGGGGCUCAGCAACUCGCAUGACCGGGCGCUAGUGAAGCGGAAGUUGAAGGAGCUGGCAGCGGCCGCGGAGAAAGAGCGCAAGGCCCAGGAGAAGGCCGCGCGGCAGCGAGAGAAGCUCCGGCGCAGGGAGCAGGAGGCCAAGAAGAGCUAGGGGCGGGCGGGGCAGGCGCUGGCACCCAGGCACCCGGACUCGGGCGGCCAUGGGCUCCAUGGGCACAGGCCUCACAGGGAGGCGGGGCCUGGGCGCCAAGCUUGGGCUGGCCUGGCCCCACGCUCUCAGGAGGUACACGCCCUCUCACCCUGUCACUCUGUCUGGACCCAGAUCCCCCAGAAAGGGAGAGCCCAGGGAGAGGGCCCAGAAAUAAAUCCGAUUUCAAGGACUUGUUUGGCAGAGUUCCUGGGGGAGGUGGCAGGUUAUGCGAGGAGGGCCAAGAGGCCAGGGCUGAAGC